AUGCCGGUCUUAACUCUGAGAUCGGGUCUCGAGGUUGCCCUUACACACAGUGAAAACACCUGGGAACCAUCACACCAUCUUAUCCAUGCAAAGAAGGUCCUGAAGGCUUGGCAGAGGAAACAAUCCAACCCAGACACACGCAUUUGCCUCCUGCCAAUGCUUGAAGCUGGACAUUGGGAUUACCUCAUUCACUUCUACAAACCCAAAGACGAGCACCUCUCUUACCCCCAACAACAACUCUUUAACCCUUAUGACAAUGUCUUCACACCCAUUGACCCUAGAGAGGGGGUAAUGUCAUAG